CACCGUUUGACGCGUUUCAGUUCCAUCUACGAUGUGGAAGCGACUGGCGGACGCCGCUUCCGCCGCGUCGCGACGAGCGGUGGCAUGGCGCCUGGAGGAACUGCAGCCGCCGAGGGAGCGCGUGCUGUUCGACUUCGCGAGGGGGGAGCAUGGAAUGAUGGCAGCUUGGCGUGUGUAUGCUGACGACAUCUACGGCGGUUCGUCAACAGCCACCCUCGCUCACUCCACGUCCGGCAAUGCCGAGCCUGCUGGUUCGGGCAGGGAGCGUUUGGGAAUGAGCAGCAACGACCGUGGGCAUGAGCAUGGGCAUGAGCAUGGGCAUGAUGCGAUGAGGGGAAGCGAUGGAGCGGAUGGGAGGACUGAUGGUGGCGGCAUGACGCACGUCUCCUCCAAGCCACGAGACGUGCGUCGCCAGCACCGUCACAUCGCCCCGCCCUCGUCUUUUGUGGUGUUUUCAGGCAGCCUGUCCAGCCAGUUGCAAGAGGAGCCAGAGGACCAAGGGGGAGGGGUAGGUGGAGCAAGCGGGGGGAGGCUGCUGAGGGGAGGCUUUGCUGGCAUUCGCACGAUAGAGACUCACCCCUCCUGCCAGCACGACCUGGACGCCUUCUCCUCGCUCUUCACCCCCCUCGCUGCUCAUUGCCUCCCCACUCUCCCAGGCCCACGCGUCCUGCCAGCACGACCUCGACGCCUUCUCCUCGCUGCACCUCCUCAUGCGGGGCGACGGCCGCACCUACCUCACCACGCUUCGCACGGAGGGGUGGGUGGGAGGGCCAGCGGGGAGUGAGGAGAACACGUGGCAGGCGUUUCUGCCUUCACCCCGGGGGCAAUGGAGAGUGGUCAAGAUCCCCCUGUCCAGCUACAGCCUAACAUGGAAGGGGCGGGUGGUGGGGGGCGGUGGGGGAAGGCGCGACUGGGGCAGAGACAGAGGGGGGGUAGGGGGAGCAGGGAGGAUGCAGAUGAAUGCGCGGAGGGUGGUGGGCAUGGGGGUAUCAGUCAACGUGAGCACCCCUCCAGUGCACUCCACCGCCACUGCUGCCAUCCAUCCUGACCUCUCCACAUCACCCUUUGCUGGCACGACUGCUAGCUCGGAACCCAGUGGUGCUGAAGGUGCUGCUGCUGCUGGUAGUGGUGCUGCUGGCGCUGGUGAUGCUGGUGCUGACGAUUCUUCGUCAGCUGCUGCCGACAUUUUUUCUGACGCAUUCCCAUCGCAUGGCGAGGGCCCGUUCAGACUUGAGGUGGCGUGGGUCAAGGCUGUCAGGGACGGGGCUUGAUGCAAUAACUACAGUGGAGAUAACUUGUGAAGAAGUUUUUGCAAAAGAAACUCAACUCACCUCGAUACCAAUGUGCAAAUACUGUACCACAUGUCUUAUUGGAAUCAUCACAACACAACA